GGCUCGUGACCUCGUCCACGCAAAUCACAAACCCUAUUUCCUCAAAUUCUCUGAAACCCUACCUCUCUCUCGAUUCCUCGCAUCCAUGGCCGCUCAAAACCCUAAGGUGUUCUUCGACAUGACGAUCGGGGGCCAGCCGGCCGGCCGCAUCGUCAUGGAGCUCUACGCCGACACCACCCCCCGCACCGCCGAGAACUUCCGUGCUCUCUGCACCGGCGAGAAGGGCGUCGGCCGCUCCGGCAAGCCCCUCCACUACAAGGGAUCGUCCUUCCACCGUGUGAUCCCCGGCUUCAUGUGCCAGGGAGGUGACUUCACCGCCGGAAACGGCACCGGAGGCGAGUCGAUCUACGGCGCCAAGUUCGCCGACGAGAACUUCGUCAAGAAGCACACCGGCCCCGGCAUCCUCUCCAUGGCGAAUGCCGGCCCCGGCACCAACGGAUCUCAGUUCUUCGUCUGUACUGCUAAGACCGAGUGGCUCGACGGCAAGCACGUCGUGUUCGGCCAGGUCGUCGAGGGUCUUGAUGUCGUCAAGAACAUCGAGAAGGUCGGAUCUAGCUCUGGAAGGACCGCCAAGCCUGUUGUGGUCGCUGACUGUGGCCAGCUCUCUUAGACGGCGUGUCGUUUAUCGGAUCUUCCGAUCGGCGAUCGUCGUUUAUGUUAUGAUGGGGUCCUCCUUUCCUUCUGUCUAUGUUUAAAUUUUCUCGAAUUUUAAAUUUCGGUUUCGUAGAUGGGUCGUUGUUGUCUCUCUCCAGUUUUUAUUAUGGUAUUGGGGCCUUGUGGCCGUGGUUUGUCGUCUUGGUUCUGAUCUGAGACUUUUUAUAUAUCGUGUUGACUGAGCUAUGUUUAAAUAAAAAUAGGACUUAUUCUCAAA